AUGAAGAAUCGAGAUGAUCUUGGUCCUAUGGCCAGUGGUGGGACAGUUGCUGCGACGCCCUUGCAAGCUCAAGAUGCACCGACUUAUCUUUUUACGUUCGGAGAUUCCUACACCCAGACCGAUUUCACUGUCGAUGGCACACAGCCAUGUAUCUCAAACCCGAUGGGAAAGCCGAUACUAGCGACCGGUACAACGAGCAGUGGUAUCAAUUGGGUCGAAUACUUGACCACUCUAUACAAUGCCUCGCCGGUACUCAGCCACAACUUCGCCGUUAUAGGAGCGACAAUCGACAACUCUAUUGUCGAUAGCAAGGUUAAGGAUGUGACAUCGCAGGUCCGGGACUUCGAGUUAGCAUAUAGCAAGAAGCCUAUAUCUGCACCGUGGUCUUCAGAUAAUGCGGUGUUUGGGUUUUGGAUUGGGAUCAAUGACAUCGGCCGCGGUCAUCAAAACACCCAACCUAGUGGACCGGAAGCCGUCAAAACGCACGCUACGUGGGUGAGGGCUUACAAUAGCGGCCUUCAAUCAAUGAUCAGUGACUUUAAGUCCAAUCACACUGAUACUACUAUCGUUCUUUACGAUACCUGGUCCUUUAUGCCGAAAAUCCUGGACGAUCCUCAGGCAUAUGGAUUUCCGAAUGCCACUUGUUUCAAUAAGGAUGGCACAUCCUGCAUUUGGUGGGAUCAUUACCACCCCGGGCAGAACUACCAUAAACUGCAGGCAGCAGAUAUGGUUCAGUACUUGCAGCCUCUCGGUGCUUGGUAG